AUUCAUACUUUUUAACAAAAAAGAAAAACACAAUCUAAGAUAUCUACGUAGAGAUGUUUCGUUUUCCGGUAAGUCUUGGAGGAGGUCCACGUGACAAUACAAAGCCGUUGGAUGAGCAGCAUCAUCGGGCGGUGGUGGAUGAGGUUGACUUUUUCCGAUCGGCGGAGAAGAGAGAUAGGGUUUCACGUGAUGAUCAAGAUAUGAUCGCCGAUGAGACUCAUAGGGUUCAUGUUAAAAGGGAGAAUUCACGUGUUGAUGAUCAUGAAGAUCGUUCUACGGAUCAUAUCAAUAUUGGACUUAAUCUUCUCAUUGCGAAUACGGGAAGCGACGAGUCAAUGGUGGAUGAUGGAUUGUCUGUGGAUAUGGAAGAGAAACGUACAAAGUGUGAGAAUGCACAACUUCGAGAAGAGCUAAAGAAGGCGAGUGAAGAUAAUCAAAGACUAAAGGAAAUGCUAAGUCAAACAACCAACAACUUCAACUCCUUGCAGAUGAAGCUCGUUGCUGUCAUGAGGCAACAAGAAGAUCAUCAUCACCUGGUUACAACUGAGAACAAAGACAUCGCCAAGAACCGACAUGAAGUGCCUGAAAUGGUUCCGAGACAGUUCAUCGAUUUGGGACCGCAGUCAGAUGAAGUUUCCUCCGAGGAGAGGACGACGGUUCGGUCAGGAUCUCCUCCAUCGCUUCUAGAGAAAUCUAGCUCACGUCAAAACGGAAAGAGAGUGCUUGUAAGAGAAGAAAGCCCAGAAACCGAAUCCAACGGCUGGAGAAACCCUAACAAAGUUCCUAAACACCAUGCAUCCUCCAGCAAUUGUGGUGGCAAUGGCAGUGAAAAUACAAGUAACAAGGUCAUCGAGCAAGCAGCCGCGGAAGCCACCAUGCGUAAAGCCCGUGUCUCGGUUCGUGCUCGAUCGGAAGCUAACAUGUUAAGCGAUGGAUGUCAAUGGAGAAAAUACGGGCAGAAAAUGGCGAAAGGAAACCCGUGCCCUCGAGCUUAUUACCGUUGCACAAUGGCUGUUGGAUGCCCCGUUCGCAAGCAAGUGCAACGUUGCGCGGAAGACAGAACCAUUCUCAUAACAACCUACGAAGGAAACCAUAACCAUCCAUUACCUCCCGCGGCUAUGAACAUGGCUUCAACCACAACCGCAGCCGCAAGCAUGCUCCUCUCAGGCUCCACAAUGUCGAACCAAGACGGUUUAAUGAACCCAACAAAUCUCUUGGCUCGAACCAUCUUACCGUGUUCUUCAAGCAUGGCGACUAUCUCAGCCUCGGCACCAUUCCCAACCAUUACAUUAGACCUCACAGACUCAUCCAACGGUAACAAUCCAACCAAUAACCCGCUGAUGCAAUUCUCUCAACGGUCUGGUUUCACGGAGUUGAACCAAUCGGUUUUGCCUCAUAUGAUGGGUCAGGCUUUGUACUACAACCAACAGUCUAAGUUCUCGGGUUUACAUAUGCCGUCUCAGCCGCUAAACGCUAGCGAGAGCGUUAGCGCCGCUACUGCCGCCAUCGCCUCCAAUCCCAACUUUGCAGCGGCUCUAGCUGCAGCCAUAACUUCUAUUAUCAACGGUUCGAAUACUCAGCAGAAUGGGAACAACAAUAACAGUAAUGUUACGACGAGCAACGUUGACAAUAGGCAAUAACAUUUUUUAUAUGUUUUAGUUAAUUAGGGCCUUUUUAUCGGUCGAUUUUGUUUUUUGCUUUUGUUCUUGUUUCUUUUUUUAUGUUUCAUUUUUAGUUACGGCUUUUCUUUUUUUUUUUCGAACAACAAGAGUCUUGAGAGCAAUUUUUUUCUCUCUCGUUUCCUUGUGGUAUGAUCGACAAUUGUGUUCAGGGAUAUAAAUUGCUUAAACUUUU